UCCCGCAGCGUCAGAGAGUGUUUCCUGAAUGCUGAGGUGUCCGUGAAGAUAUUUACAUAGAGACGUGUCGUCUGCUCUAGAGGAGUGACAGCAUGGAUCGUCCGGAGACCACCUUCACUCUGGCGUAUAUCGUGUUCGCGCUGUGCUUCGUGUUCACGCCGAAUGAGUUCCGUUCGGCCGGCUUCACGGUGCAACACAUGUUCUCUCCGUGGCUGGGCAGCGAAGACAUGGGCUUCAUCCAGCACCACGUCCGGAGGAGCGCCCUGACCGCGCUGCUGCACUGCUUCCUGCCGCUCGGAUACUACGCAGGGAUGUGUUUAGCCGCUCCGGAGCAGGAUCUGCUGCAGGUGCACCGGGCGGCUCGGGGCUGGCAGCUCUACUUCUGCUUCUCUCUGACCGUGCUGCUGGUCGGCUGUGUUCUUGUGUUCGUCUGGUCCAGACGCGGCUGGGAGAAUCACCCCAUCUGCCGGGCACUCAGUGCUCACGCUUUACAACGAUCCAGCUGGAGAGCCGUGGCCUCGUCCAUCAACACUGAGUUCCGGCGCAUCGAUAAGUUCUCCUCGGGCUGUCCGAGCGCCAGAGUGAUCGUCACUGACUCCUGGGUGAUGAAGGUCAGCACAUACUCCCUGCACAUCGCCCUGCAGCAGGACUGUCACCUGACCGUCACCGGCUCCACGCAGCACAGUCUGUCUCCUGAGCUCAACGCACCGCUGCAGAUCCUCACCAUCACUGUGGCCAGCAUCAACCCCCGCGUCCAGCCCUUCCUCAUCAGGCUGAAGUCCACUGAGUACGCAGAGCUGCAGGAGAAACUGCACGCACCCAUCAGAAAUGCUGCCAAUGUGGUCAUCCAUCUGACCAUGAGCGAGCUCUUCCUGGAGACUUUCAAGACGUACGUGAAGAUGAACGCCGUGUACGAGUGUCCGAGUGGACAGGAGCUGGAGCCGUGUAUCGGCUGUAUGCAGGCCCGCGCCGGUGUGAAGCUGCUGCGUCUGUGUCAGGCGGACGGCGAGGGAGAGUGUCAGCAGUGCUUCUGUCGGCCCAUGUGGUGUCUCACCUGUAUGGGGAAGUGGUUCGCCAGCCGUCAGGACCAGCAGACACCGGAGACGUGGCUCAGCAGCAGGGUCCCGUGUCCCACCUGCAGGGCCAAGUUCUGCAUCCUAGACGUGUGCUCCAUCGAAUGAGGACAGCACCCUCUAAACCUCCGUGCCUCCAACUACAAACACAUGUGAUGAUGAGAAUGAACCGCUGCUGAUGAAGCUACUGUGUCAUAUCUGAUUGUAAUCUGUAAGCCUCUGAAUGAUGAGCAUCAUCACGUCUCUGCUGUUAAACCUGCCGCACUCGAUCUACUGCAUGCAUUCUGUCUCUGAUUACAGUUUGUAUGUUUUUAUCCAGUAAAGGCUCUUUAAUUGUCCAA